AUGAGGACUUACGUCAAAAUACCGCCGCGCUGCCUCCUCACCCACACUCUCCUGACUCUGCAGGGAGGCACUUGGCCUGAACUGGUGGCCAUCACUCCGGCCCUUCUUGGCAGGGACAUAGUUUGGCGACCGUCCUCCGCCCUCCCUUGGCCCGCAGAUGAUGGACACAGAAGCUAUGGCGAUUCCUCCAGCCUGCCAUUCAUCUACGCCAUCACGGCCACCUACGCCCGACAUUCGCAGAAGGCCGAACUGACUCGUGUGGCCAACACUUUUCUCAAUGUGGACAACCUGCAUUGGAUCGUGGUGGAGGACUCGCAAAACAGGACGCAUCUGGUCAGUCGUCUCCUUCGGACGACAGGACUCCCCUACACCCACCUCAAUGUGCCGACGCCUACAGUAAUCAAACUCCACGGAAAGGGGACCUUACAAAAAAAUAUGGCCUUGGAGUGGCUGCGGGAGACCUUCAAUGUGAACGACGGCCAUCUUGGCGUGGUCUACUUUGCAGACGAUGACAACAGUUACAGCCUGAAACUGUUUGAUGAGAUGCGAUGGACCAGAACCGUCUCAGUGUGGCCCGUCGCAUUCGUGGGACAAAUUCUGUACGAGUCCCCCAAAGUAAACGCCAUGGGUAAAGUGCACGGCUGGAAGGUUGCAUACGACCCGAAGCGACCUUUUGCCAUCGACAUGGCCGGCUUUGCGGUCAACCUGCAGCUCAUCCUGUCAAAGCCUCAGGCUAAUUUCGACCUGCGCGCAAUGGGAGGAUACGAGGAGAGCAGCAUACUAACGAAGCUGGUCUCCCUCCAAGACUUGGAGCCCAAAGCGAAUAACUGCACCGAGGUCUUAGUGUGGCACACCCGCACACAAAGUCCAGAUCUGAGAAGGCUUUCAAUCCAUCGCAUCUGGACUGGAAAGUUUGUCUCAGAAGACCUUCAACCUCUCAUACAAGUAGACUUCAUCACUUCAUGCUCUCAGAUUGGUCAGAUUUAGUUUUAGACUUAGAUUGACAUCAGCGAACCGCUCUCCCACACGACGCCACACACCCUGUCUGACUUCUGCCCUGAGCAGAU